AUGAUCAUUGAUAAUUCUCAUACUGGUAUCGUCAUUAAUACCAUUGCAAUUUCGGACCAUUUCUGGGUUUUCAUAUUCUAUGAUGUCUACGGACACAACUAUGUCAAGCUCGGGGUUGUCGAGGGCUCUUCUACAGGGAAAUACCGGGUAAAUUACCAGCCCUCUGAUCCAGGUACUGAAGCUGGUGGUGUUUUGGACGGUUACAAAGGACGGGUUCACUUCCCAGCCGCCUGCUGGGGCUUGGUAGCUCAGCUACAGCUCGAUAGUAAUGGAUCAAAUGUAGACGCCAUUAGGCAGCUUCAGGACAAGAUGGCGGUGACAAAGCCAGCCGUGCCAAAUGCUCCUAUGGCCCCCAGCCUGACCGUUAAUUUGCUGACCGAAGGCAUUUUGGGGGCCAUACUCUGA